AUGGGAAACACGAGUAGCUGUGGUGCUUGUACCUCGUCUUGUUGUCAGGAUUGUUUCGGAAAACGUCAUCGAAAUGGGAUCUAUGAACCACUCUUGCAAGACAAUGAGCGUGAUGCGAUAGCCGAACUUUUACGGUUUCUCGAAAAUCGCAGCCGUACCAACUUUUUCCGAGGUGAACCACUUCAGGCUCUUACAACUUUGGCAUAUUCGGAUAACGUGGAUUUACAACGAUCGGCUGCACUUGCAUUUGCUGAAAUUACCGAGAAAGAUGUAUCUCAAGUUGGAAAGGAAACGUUGAAUCCCAUUCUUUUCUUGUUACAAUCGCAUGAUGUGGAAGUACAACGUCCGGCGAGUGCUGCCCUGGCAAAUCUAGCAGUCAAUACGGAGAAUAAGCUGUUGAUUGUCAAACUCGGAGGUCUUGAACAAUUGAUCCGCCAAAUGGGAAGCCCCAGUGUCGAAGUUCAAUGCAAUGCAGUGGGUUGUAUCACAAACCUUGCUACACAUGAUGAUAACAAGGUCAGGAUCGCCAAGUCGGAUGCUCUUAGGCUGUUAGUGGAUCUGGCACGUUCAAAGGAUCAACGAGUACAACGCAAUGCUACAGGUGCCCUUCUCAACAUGACACAUACUCAGGAUAAUCGACAGCAAUUGGUGAACGCGGGUGCUAUUCCUGUGCUAAUCAGCCUUUUGAGCUCGCAAGAUGCGGAUGUCCAAUACUAUUGCACGACAGCCUUGAGCAAUAUUGCUGCUGAUGGUAUGAACCGUAAAAAGCUGGCGCAAACGGAUUCAAGGCUUGUUCAAUAUCUCAUUGCCCUGAUGGAAACCAAAAGUCUCAAAGUACAAUGCCAAGCAGCCUUGGCUCUCCGAAAUUUAGCAUCGGAUGAAAAGUAUCAACUUGAGAUUGUUCGAUGCAAAGGUCUUACUCCAUUGUUGCGCUUGCUCAAGUCGUCAUUCCUUCCACUCAUCCUAUCAUCGGUUGCAUGUAUCCGCAAUAUCUCUAUUCAUCCUGCCAACGAGUCGCCAAUCAUUGAGGAAGGAUUUGUGAAUCCAUUGAUCGAGCUACUAUCCUAUGACGACAAUGAGGAGAUACAAUGCCAUGCCAUUUCAACGUUGCGUAAUCUUGCGGCAAGCUCUGAAAGGAACAGGAAAGCCAUUGUGGAAGCGGGAGCGGUGGAACGUAUCCGUACCUUGAUUCAUCGUGUACCUGCAAGUGUACAAACGGAGAUGACGGCAGCUAUUGCUGUUUUGGCGUUGAGCGACGAAUUGAAGCCACAGCUACUAAGCAUGAGCAUCUUGCAAGUUCUGGUGCCCUUGACGGCAAGUACCAAAAUGGAGGUGCAACGCAAUUCAGCAGCUGCCAUCGGAAACCUGAGUUCAAAAGCCAAGGAUUAUUCGCCGUUUGUAGACGUGUGGACUUCACCAGCGGAUGGCUUACGACAUUUUCUGAUACGUUUUCUUGAUGAGAAUCAAAGCGUCGCGCUUCAACAUAUUGGUGUUUGGACAAUUGAGCAAUUCUUGGAAGGAAAUGAUCCGGAGCUGGUAUCAAAGAUUGCAAGUACAUCUGAGAUUGUAGAUUCUGUCACACGCAUUGCCAAGUCGCCCGACCUUUUACGACAAGCUCCACCUGAAGAUCCUGCCGAUGAUUUGGACGGCGACAUUGUUGGCCUUGCAAAACGCGUGGUCAGUGCGCUUAGUAACGUUGAUGCUAAAAAAUAA